AUGUCCAGCCAGGUGCGCUACCGCUUCAAGAACGCGGUGGCCGAGGAUGUGGUCACCUUUGACGGCGCCGUCAUCCAGAUCGGCGAGGUCAAACGGCUGAUUGCGCUGAAGCGGGGGCUGGGGGCCGACGGCGCGGCGGAGCUGACGCUGUUUGACGCCACCUCCGGCGAGGAGCAGGCGGAUGAGUCCAAGGUCAUCCCCCGCAACACCCUGGUCCUGGUCAAGCGCUCCCCCGCCGCCAAGUUCAAGCCGCUGCAGAGCUCGGCGGGCGGCGCGGCGGCGUCCGCCGCGCCACCCGCGGUCGCGGCAGCCAACGGCGGCAGCACCCAACCGGCGGCGGGUGACGAGUUUGGCGGCGACUACUACAGCGAGCAGCCCACGGCGGCGCUGGUGCGGGAGGACGAGGACAAGGCGCUGCAGAGCCUGCUGCAGGGCACCGCCAGCACGUGGCAGCGCGAGGUGCGGCAGGGCGCGAUGCGCGGGCGCGGGCGCGGGCGUGGCGCAGGCGGAGGCGUGCCCUACGACUAUCGCUGCCCCAGGUGCGAGGCCGUUGGCCAGCACUGGGUGCAGGAGUGCCCCACCCAGGGCGACCCCAACUUUGACAGGAAGCGCGUGCGCCCGCCGGUGGGCAUCCCCAUGACCCGCCUGGCGCUGUCGGAGGAGGGCGGCCUCGUGCUGCCGGGGGGCCAGAUGGGCACGCUGGUAGCCAACGAGGACGCCUUUGCCCGAGAGAUACUGGGCCUGCCCACCGCGGCGCCGCAGCAGCAGCCCGAGGCGGCGCAGCAGCAGCAGCAGGCGGCGGUGCCGGCAGCGGGCGGCGAGGCCAAGCCGCCGCUGCUUCUGCUGGACAGCAAGCCGGCGGCGGAGAGCGCCUCGGCGGCGGCAGCGGCGCUUGCGGUGAAGGCCGAGCCGGGGGCUGCCGGAGCCGCAGCAGCGGUGCCGGCGCCGGCAGCUGGCGGUGCGGCGUUGGGGCCCGUGGCCGCGCCGAUGUUGGCUGGCGAGGCCGAGCUGGCGGCGUCUGCGCCCUUUGGCGCCAUGCCCGGCGCCGGCUUCUUCAGUAUGUUCAUGCAGACGGCGCUGCUGCCCCGCGGGCCGCCCGACUUCCUGCGCUGCGCGUUUGACCGCCCAGAGCCGCUGCCGCGCGCGGAGUUUGAGCGGAUGCAAGAUCAGUACCGCGCACGCUUCAACAUGCCGCCGCUGCGCCUGCCAGAGCUGCCGCCCCCGCGGCGCCGCACCCCGCCCCGGCUGCGCAGCCCGCCGCGCCGCCGGCUGCCUAGCCGCGAGCGGCCAAUGAUGCCGUCGCAGCGCAGCCGCAGCCGCGAGGGCCGCCCGAUGCCCUCGCAGCGCAGCCGCAGCCGUGAGCGCCGGCCAAUGCCCUCGCAGCGCAGCCGCAGCCGGGAGGGGCGGCCCGUGGCCUCGCAGAGUGAUGUGCGGGGGCGCAGCAGGGAGCGCGGCGCCAAGGAUGCCAAGGAUCGCGGCGCCAAGGUGGCGGCAGACAGGGACAAGGAGCGGGCAGGCAAGGUGGCGGCAGACAGGGACAAGGAGCGGGCAGGCAAGGUGGCGGCAGACAGGGACAAGGACAAGGAGAGGGCGGUCAAGGGCAAGGCGGACAAGGACAAGGAGCGGGAGCGCGGCGGUAAGGGGCGCGACAAAGAGAAGGACAAGGCCUCCAAGCCUGCCGGUCCCAGCGAGGGGCGCGAGGAGCGCUCCCACCGCAGCAGCCGGCCGGAGCGGGAGAAGGAGGACAAGGAGUGCCGCAGCAAGCGCGGCAGGGAGCGGCGGUCGCGCAGCCGCGACCGCGACGGCUCUGGCGGGCGCGAGCGGCGGCAGCGGCGCGAGGAGGGCGUGCCCAAGGACGACCGCUGGCAGCCCACGGCAGACGCGGCACCCGCGGCGCCAGAGCCCGUGGCAGCGGAACCCUCCCCCAGGCAGGCGCAAGCGUCGGCGCCUGCGCAGCAGGCCGAAGCAGAGUCCGGUGACGGUGCCAGGUUAGCAUGCGCGCGCGUGCGCCCCCCCACAUUCCCACUAUUUGUUUCCCGAUCACACCUCGUCACUAUCCAGCCAAGUAUAACUGUGGCUCUCAGUGCCGCGCCAGCGUGCCAACUGUACUGCUGCAGGCACGAGCAGCGCGGCAGCAAGCAGCCGUCCCCCGCAGCAGAGCAGCAGCAGGCCCCAGCAGCUGGGCCCCGCCCAGGGCCGGCAGAGCCUGUGGCAGCACUUGACGGCGGCGUGAGCGAUGAGCUGGAGCUGGAGCUUCAACUGAGUGGCGGCAGUGAGGGCGGCACGGAGCUGGCGGCGGUGGGCGCGGCGGCUGAGCAGAAGCCUGGGCACCAUCACAAGUGA